UUCUCCAGACAAAAAGAGCAGAAGGAACAGGAGAUCCUAGAGAGAUGAGUUCACACUUCAUACAAGAAGCUUGCUUCAAUGUCUGCUGCUCAUCACCAUUCUCAUCUCACUCCAUGACUCAGAAACAAGAGGAAGAAGAGCUCGAGUUCUCAGUAGUCACACCAGGAGCCUCGUUUAUAACAAAAGACAUCAAAUUCACUAGCCAAGAAUCUCUCCCUCCUCUCCGUACAUCUUUCUACGAUCUCAUCACGGCUUUUCCUGAUUACUUGCAGACGAAUCAAGCCGAUCAUCUCCGAUCUACAGAGUAUCAAAACCUCUCGUGCUCCUCUCGCCACGUGUUGUUAACACACACCGGCCAGCUACAGCCCUUGUUCUCUUACUCACAGUUCCGACAGCUCUCCCGUUUGAAUCAAUCUCUCUUUACCUUGUCUUCCAAGCAAGUAUGCUCCUAUAAAGAAAUGUUAUCACUCGCGAGCGAAGAAUCUUGGUUUCAGACGAGGUUAAGGAAAAGAAUAAUGAGUUUUAUGAAUCUUGAAGAAUCUGAAUAUCACAUGAUUCUAACACAAGACUGCUCCUCUGCUUUCAAGAUUCUAGCGGAACUCUACUCUUUCAAAACAAACCCUAAUCUUCUCACAGUCUACAACUACCAAGACGAAGCAGUGGAAGAGAUGAUCAGAAUCUCGGAGAAGAAGGGUGUAAAGCCCAAAUCAGCAGAGUUCUCGUGGCCGAGCACUGAGAUUGUCUCUGAGAAACUGAAGAGGACAAUCUUGAGGAGUAAGAGAGGAAGGGGAAAAGAAGAUAAAAGAGGAAUAUUUGUGUUUCCACUUCAGUCUCUUGUCACAGGAGCUACGUAUUCUUACUCGUGGAUGAGUUUAGCUCAAGAAAACCAAUGGCAUGUGUUGCUUGACACCUCUGCUUUAGGCUCUAAAGACAUGGAUACUUUAGGUCUUUCUCUGUUCCGACCAGAUUUUCUUAUAUGUUCUUUUACAGAGGUUUUAGGGCAAGAUGGUCUUACUAGUUUCGGUUGCUUGUUCGUCAAGAAAUCUAGCUCAAAAGCUUUAUCAGAAGAAACAGUCACGAAUCCGACGAAUCUCACGGUUGUAAAAGCAGAGCCGUCUUGGAUAACAGAAAAUGACGAAACUACCCUUGAAAUCGUAGAAGAGGAUAAUGUAACUAUUGAGUUUCGAGGUUUAGACCACGCAGACUCUCUAGGACUGAUACUAAUCAGUCGAAGGUUAAAGUCUUUGACUCUAUGGCUGGUUCGAGCGUUGAUGAGUCUUAAACAUCCGAACUCUCAUCAAACAGAGACUCCUCUGGUCAAAAUCUGCGGACCGAAGACGAGACCGGAGAGAGGAUCGUCUGUUUCGUUUAACGUUUUUGAUUGGCAAGGAGAUAAAGUCGAUCCUUUGAUGGUGGAGAGGCUUGCGGAGAGGGAGAAGAUCAGUUUGCGAUGUGCUUACUUGCAGAAGAUUAGUAGAGUGGGAGACAAGAAAAGAAGAGAUGAAGAGAGAGAUGGACAGAAUAUGAGUUUGAGAGUGUCAGUGGUGUGUGUUAGGUUAGGGUUUAUGACGAACUUUGAUGAUGUUUUUAGGGUUUGGGGGUUUGUGUCGAGGUUUCUAGAUGUGGAUUUUGUGGAGAGAGAGAAGUGGAGAAUGAAAGCUCUUGAGAAAAAACAAAUGAGAGGUGUAAUAAUUUGA